GUCCAGCAUCACCGUUUCCAGCUGCGUCGUUGUCAGGUCUUUCUUUUCUCUUCCGCAGGACCUUCCAGGUUGUUCAGACCACGGAAAGAUUGCUCUGGGAUCAGCCCAUAUCUCAAUACCCUAAUCUCCCCUCGACCACAUGCUCGUCUGCUUGUACUGAAAAAGUCCUGCACUCCAUUCUAUUGGGUUCUGCUCGAUCAUUCCAUUGACUCCACAGGCACGAGCCCAAAAUCCCGCAAACCGGAAACUGUUUGCCCUGCCAGCCUCGUCAUUCUCUCCCUUUCGAUUUUAUUUCUUUCCUCUCACCUGUCCUCCCUCUUGUCCUUCAAGCAGAAAACAACAUUCAACAUACACACCCUCUAAUAUUCGACCAAUCACACCCCUUACAUCAUCAUGGUAGCAGAGACAAAGCUCUACGAUGCCCUCUCAAUCUCCCCCUCGGCGUCCCAAGAUGAGAUCAAGAAAGCAUAUCGAAAAGCAGCCCUGAAAUGGCAUCCCGACAAGAACAAGGACAACCCGAAUGCCGCUGAAAAGUUCAAAGAGGUCUCUCAAGCAUAUGAGAUUCUGUCGGACCCAGAGAAGAGAAAGGUCUACGAUCAAUAUGGCUUGGAGUUCCUUUUGAGAGGCGGUCAGGCCCCUCCACCGGGCGCUGAGAUGCCUGAUGGCAUGCCUGGAGGUGGUUUCGGUGGUAUGCCAGGCGGUUUCAGUUUUGGAGGCAUGCCUGGUGGUGGUGGUGGCGGUACCCGUACAUUCCACUUCUCAACCGGAGGUGGUCCAGGAGGCUUCAGCUUCUCGGAUCCCAACGACAUAUUCGCCCAGUUUGCCCGAAGUGGUGCUGGCGGCGCUGGCGGCGGCGGUGGUGCUGGUGGUGGUGAAGACGCCGAAGAUAUCUUCAACCUCUUUAGCGGUUUGGGCGGCGGUGCCAGAGGGGCCGGAAGUAGACGGGGCACAGGUAAUUUCGCCCGCCAUGCCAGACCACAGACUCCUGAAGUCACCGUCAUUGAGCGGCCCUUGCCUGUCACACUGGAGGAGCUGUAUAAGGGAGCGCAUAAGAAGAUGAAGAUCAAGAGAAAGACAUUCAACCCCCAAGGGCAGCGGGUGACCGAGGAUAAAAUUUUGGAGAUGGACAUCAAGCCAGGUCUGAAGGCCGGUUCCAAGAUCAAAUUCUCCGGGGUUGGGGAUCAAGAAGAGGGCGGUACCCAAGACAUGCACUUCAUCGUCACCGAAAAGCCCCAUGGCACACUUACCCGCGAUGGCGACAACCUGAUAACGACGAUCGAGCUGGAUUUGAAAGAAGCACUCACAGGUUGGAAGCGUACUGUCACCACGAUUGAUGGGAAGCAACUAAACGUUUCGGGCGCGGGUCCAACCCAACCUGGCCACGAAGAGAGAUUUCCGAAUCUGGGCAUGCCCAUCAGCAAGAAACCUGGCGAGAGAGGCGACUUCAUUGUCAGGGUCAAGGUCAACUUCCCCCGGUCGUUAACUGCUGCACAGAAAGCCAAGAUCAAGGAGGCUCUUCCGUAAGUGCCCAUCGACAAACGGCAUCUAGGCACGGCUCAUUGAGAUGUUCUCGCUCACCAUUGACGGCCGAGUACAAGAGAGUUUGAGCAGCGAGAAAGAAGAUGAGUGGUACAGUGCUCGUUGGUAUUAGGGUCCAAAUGGACAACAGAAAAGCACGGAGGUUAUGCAGGUCCACGCCUCCGAGGGAGAUGAAGGAUCUGGCGACAACGAUUGUCCGCCGCAUCGGUGGGAGGCAAAGGAGCUGUUGCAUGUGUCGCAAUAUGACAGGCCAGUCGCAAGAGAAGGCGUUUUAUGCCACACGCAGAGGUCAAGUCGGAUUUACGGCCAGCCUUCCAGAGACGCGGCAGCAGAAAUGAAUGAAAGGUGCGCUCCUGAGUGAGAGGCGCAUUAUGAGAGACGAAAGGGAUCCACUCACGAAUUGCAUACAAACGGCGUGUCUUGCAUUGCAUCGGAGACCUGUUUAUCUUCCUGGGAUAGGACAGACUGAUGAUCCAUCAAAGGCGGCGAAGGUCAGUGAUCACGGCGUUAGAAUGAGCGACACGGAUUCUUUGUCCCUCCGCCUUUUCUUGGUAGAUAGUUACAAUUCUUGUGUUGUUUCAAUAAACCGGACUUGUAGUCCAUUUCUUCCUUUGA